AUGGUGAAAGAAAUAGAACUCAUCUUCAUUCCAGUUCCAUCCACAGGUCACCUUCUCGUCAACAUCGAAUUCGCAAAGCGUCUCGUCGAUAUCGACCAUCGGAUCCACACCAUCACCAUCAUCAAUUUGAAUUCACCAACUUCACCUCACGCUUCCGUCUUCGCCAGAUCUCUCAUCGUUUCACAGCCUCGAAUCCGUCUCCACGACCUUCCCGCUCUUCAAGAUCAUCCUUCAUUGGAUCUCUACAAAAGAGCUCCGGAAGCUUACAUAGUACAAGUCGUCAAGAAAAACACUCCUCAGAUAAAAGUCGCCGUCACCGGAAUCAUUGACUCUCGUCGUCGUGGCUCSGAUUCGGUUCGAGUCGCCGGUUUGGUUCUCGAUUUCUUCUGCAAUUCGUUGAUCCGUGAAGUUGGCAAUGAGUGUAACCUCCCGUCUUACAUAUUCCUGACUUGUAACUCUAGGUAUUUGGCUAUGAUGAAGUAUAUUCCGGAUCGGCAUCGGAAAAUCGGAUCCGAAUUCGAUUGGAAAUCCGGCGAUGAGGAAUUGCCGGUUCCCGGAUUCGUUAACUCUAUUCCGGCGAAGUUUAUGCCGCCGGGUUUGUACAAUCGAGAAGCUUACCAGGCUUACGUAGAGCUAGCGAGGGGAUUCGGCGAUGCGAAGGGUAUUUUGGUGAAUUCAUUCGCGGAGCUUGAGCCGCAUCCGUUUGACUAUUUCUCUCGCCAGGUGGAUUACCCGCCGGUGUACCCAGUCGGACCGAUUCUUAGUUUGAAGGAUAGAGCGAGUCCAAACGAGGAAACUGCCGAUCGGGAUCGGAUCGUAGGAUGGCUCGAGGAUCAGCCUGAGUCUUCAGUGUUGUUCCUCUGUUUCGGGAGUAGAGGAAGCGUUGAUGAGCCACAGGUGAAGGAGAUAGCACGAGCGCUCGAGCUUGUCGGAUGCAGGUUUCUAUGGUCAAUCCGAACAAAUAGCCUCGUUGAUACGGACCCUAACGAUGUGUUACCGGAUGGGUUCAUUGACCGAGUAGCGGGUAAAGGUUUGGUGUGUGGUUGGGCACCACAAGUGGAAGUGUUGGAUCAUAAGGCGAUUAGAGGGUUUGUGUCUCACUGUGGUUGGAACUCUACCCUUGAGAGCUUGUGGUUCGGCGUUCCGAUCGCAACGUGGCCGAUGUACGCCGAGCAACAGCUGAACGCGUUUACAUUGGUGAAGGAGCUUGAGCUCGCCGUGGAUCUCCGGAUGGAUUAUGUGUCGAGUCGUGGAGGUUUAGUGACAUGUGACGAGAUAGUGAGAGCCGUCCGAUCUUUGAUGGACGGUGGGGAAGGGCUGAAGAUGAAGGUGAAAGAAAUGGCUGAUGCGGCGAGGAAAGCUGUGAUGGAUGGAGGUUCGUCGUCUUUGGCUACGGCUCGAUUCAUUGGAGAAUUGGUGGACGAUGGUUCGUGCUAA